AGCAGGCAUUACUGUCAUUCGGCUGCGUGAAGUACUGAAAGGUCUUUUGUGACAUCCAUGGCUAAAUACCAUUGAGCUCGCAUUAUAUUGUUUAACCAGAUGAAACCAUCUAUUGCACAUUAUCUGUUUUGCAGCAUUCAUCGUGACACAACUUUCAGUAUUGUAUCUUGUUUAAGAGUUAACAGAGGGUUUGUUCCUUGCACGGUAGCGAUCCCAAUGUUACAGGAGAUGACGUAACACUAGAUAGGGCUACAUCUAAGGUCAAUGCGAAUCUGUAUUAGAAACGAAUCUGCAUGUACGCAAUACAUACAUGCCUAUUCAUUCUGACAUGCGACCUGAUAUUCCAGUAACGUUAUCCCAAAAAAGACUAAAGGACUCCAGAGUAAAGGUGCCGCUUCCUGAGUUGAGCUGACAUUUCGUCACGAACCAAUCAGAACUCCGAUUCCUCAACCGCUACCCAAUCACAGAGCAGGGUUUACAAACAGAAACAAACAUGGCGCCCUCCAUCUGAUCUUCACAUUUUCCGAAAGGUUGCCUGGAAAACGCUGGGUUUUGAAAUAUUGUGGCAAUAUGCUCAGUCUCACCAUAAAAGAGGUGUCCUUGGCUCUAAGGGAGGGGAAGAUCUCCCCAUUAGAACUGUGUCGAAAAUGUCUGAAACGCAUUAAGAAAACUCAGCAUUUGAAUGCAUACAUCACCGUGACGGAGGAGCUGGCACUGAAACAGGCAGAGGAGGCAGAGAGUCGACUGCUUCAAGGUUCUCCCAAAGGUAUUCUAGAUGGAAUACCGUUUGCUGUCAAAGACAACUUCUGCACAGAGAAUAUCAGGACCACAUGCGCUUCAAGGAUGCUCAAAGACUUCCUCCCGCCAUAUAAUGCUACAGUGGUCCAGAAACUUCUUGAUCAGGGAGCUGUUCUUGUGGGGAAGACAAAUAUGGAUGAGUUUGCAAUGGGAUCAGGCAGCACUGACGGGGUGUUCGGUCCAGUCAGGAACCCCUGGAGCUAUGCUGCUCCCUACAGAGAGCAGUCAGGAGGAGCGGAGGAUGACUCUGAGUGGGUGAUCACAGGAGGAAGCUCAGGAGGAAGUGGUGCAGCUGUCACCUCACUAACCAGCUUCCUAGCUCUGGGCUCUGAUACUGGCGGCUCCACCCGUAACCCAGGGGCUCUUUGUGGAGCCGUGGCCCUCAAGCCCACCUACGGCCUGCUGUCCCGCCACGGUCUCAUCCCCCUGGUCAACUCCAUGGACGUCCCGGGCAUCGUGACCCGGAGCACCAGCGACGCAGCCAUCGUUCUUGAGGUCCUCCAGGGCCGUGACCUUAAGGACUCCACAACGGUGCAGAGCCCCACGUCACAUGCAGGGUUUUCUGAAGACUUCGACGUCUGCAACCUCUGUGUGGGCAUCCCAAAGGAGUACCACGCUCCGGGUCUGUCACAGGAGACCCUGGCCCAGUGGAGCCGCCUCGCCGACCUGCUGGAGGGAGCUGGGGCCCGGGUGAGAGAGGUCUCGCUCCCCCACACCCAGCACUCAAUCGUCUGCUACUACGUGCUGUGCUGUGCCGAGGUGGCGUCCAACAUGGCACGCUUCGACGGCCUCGAGUAUGGGCACCGUAGCACUGAGGACAGCUCGACGGACGCCAUGUACGCCGCCAGCCGCCACGAGGGCUUCAACGCCGUGGUGCGAGGGAGGAUCCUGUCUGGAAACUUCUUCCUGCUCCAACAGAACUACGAGCGCUACUUUCGGAAGGCGCAGCAGGUGCGUCGGCUCAUCGCCGAGGACUUCGAACACGCGUUCAGCGCGGGCGUGGAUGUGCUCCUGACGCCCACCACCCUGAGCGACGCCGCCAGCUACUCCCACUUCAUCCAGGAGGACAACCGCACACGCUCUACCCAGGAGGACGUCUUCACGCAGCCCGCAAACCUAGCAGGUCUACCUGCUGUUUCUGUGCCAACAGCUUUAUCAAGCAGAGGUCUUCCAAUUGGCUUACAGCUCAUAGGUCCCGCCUUCCAAGACGGAAUGUUGCUGAGUGUCGCACACUGGAUCGAGCAAAGAGUGGGGUUUCCCUCAAUUUCCAACUAUGAGGUCCCCAACAAAUGAAAAAGUGCCAUUGAGCAGACAUCAGUGUGAAAAAUUAACUGCAAAUCACAUGGCUUUGUGAUUGUGUAAAUGAUUACCUUCCAUUGCAGAGUAUUUUGCAGAUAAUGUGUUCCUGUUGAGGGUAUGCUAUUUAUUUAUUUUAUUUUUUAUAGGUUAACUGGGAAGGUCCUUUAUUAUUAUUAGGUGGUUGGAAUGUGUUUGAUAUUAUCUUUUCCACUGAGCAACUGUUCCAUGGUCGAUCAUGAGGCACCACUUGUCUUAAAUAAACUUUCUUUUGGCCUUGGUAUUUUUAUGUGGUAUUUAAGAUUGAGGUUUUAAUAAGUAUGAGUUUAAACGGUUCAUUCUAAGCAGAAUAUUUAUUUAAAUAACACAAUUUCCACAUUAAUGGGACAUUACACUGAGAAUAUUCUACAUACACUGCCUUUAUUCUGUUUAACCUUUAUUUGUUGGAUUUUCAAAUUCAAAGUAUUCCAUAAGAUAGAUUCAGCUAAUAAAUAUAACCCAAGGUUUGUUAAAAGCUUUUAAAUGUAUUCACAUGUAGUUGUAGCCAGUAUCCAUGAGAGGGAUCCAUGCCUCUCUUCUCAGGAGAGCCACACUGAAGACAUUACAUUCUGCUGCCUAUAGUCCAUAUGCCAAGAUGCCUUUAUAGCCCAUGAAGCCCAAAGUAAACGUGUUUAAUGAAUUAUUAAAAGUGUGUGUGGAUGAGAAAGCGUUAAGCAUAUUUAAAAUUGUUGCCAUGCAACAAAAAACCUUCACAACACAAUUUACGAUGUUUGAAAUAGUUAUUUUGAAUUCAUGAGCCAUGCUUAAUUUACCUGAUCCUUUCCAACACCCUUCUUCUUUCAGUUGUAGGCUUUACAGUUCCUUAACAAAUUUUAACAACAAUUCAGGUAUAUGGUUACCGCUAGAGCUGUCCUCCUCACAAUCUGAGGCUACCCGGUAAAGAUUUACGUUCAGCAUAGAUAACCAUCCCACCCUCUAUACAGAGAACACACACAGAACAACCAUGCUCUAGUUGCCCUUGACAUUCUCUCUGGACGUGUGGAUUAGCACUGUACCCUCCUGUUCCACUUCCAAACAUUGUUUGCAAUCACUGAUA